CAACCCAACCCCUUCUCCUCCCAUUUUCCAAAGACAAAGAGGAAACCUCCCUGAUUUCAUUUCCCCAUCUCCUCCCUCCCCCAAAACCAAAACCCUAGUUCCCCAACACUCCUCCCCACCCCCCGUGUGAUGGGAUGCCGACCAAACCCUACCCCGAGCCCCUGACCGCCGCCGUCUCCCUCUCCCUCGCCGCCACCUGGAUGUCCGCAUGGACGCUUUCCCGGCCCUGAUCGCCGCCGGGGCCACCGCCGUCUGCUGCCUCGUCUGCGCCAUCUGGGCCUUCCGCCCCCCUUCCCCUAACAAGCACCAAUCCGCUCCGACCCCGACCUGCUGCGCCUGCCGCCACAAGCCCAGCGCCAACGGCGAGAUGGCCAUCGGUGGGGACGAGAUGAACAAGGCGCCAGCGCCUGCUCCGGCGGCCACGGGCGCCUCCAUGAUGGAGCAGCUCGUGCCCGAGAUCACAACCCACGCUCUCAGCUACCUCGACUGCACCAGUCUCUGCCACCUCUCUAUGACCAACUCAGCCAUGCGCCGCGCCGCCAACGACGAUGGGGCUUGGAAGGCGCUCUACCACAAGGAUUUUACAGUCGAGCAGGGUAAUAUAACUCCACCUAAUGGUUGGAAGGCAUACUACGCAGCUACGAAAGCCAUCAUGAAUGUGAAUGCUGAGUUCUAUAAUAUCAUCAGGGAAGGGUCCUUGCCAGCAAUGAGUCACUUCUGGCUUAACGCAGACUAUGUAAAGUGCAUAAAUGCUAGUGGAGAACUUUUUACAGGAUACAACGCAGUGAUGAACAGCUGGGCCUUGUUAUUCAACUGGGGCCAAGAUGGUGGGCAGGGCACUGAUUUUCAGUUACGAGAUGUCAGAGCUCGUGUACUUUCUGAUGUAGCUUGGGUCAACAUGAAGGUGCAUGUUGAUGGUGAACCGGGACCUCUCCAUGCGACCAAUGUAUAUGAGUUCCGUAACGACAGGUGGUAUAUGGUUCAUCACCAUAGCUCGGUCAUGGUGGACCCAGCGCCACAUAAUCUGUUUGGCUGAAUCUGAGAACAACUCAUCGGGGAGAAAACUUCUUGGCAGAUUUCCAUGUUGGGUGCGUGCUUCUUCUGCGGUUUAGACUUUAGACUGGUGUUAGAUACCAAAUGUGUUUGUGGAGAGCUUUCCUGCCCCUAGUUUUCUCCGUUCAUUCAUCCUGAAUCACCUGUUUGUUUAUAUUAUUCCCAUCAGUUUUGUAUAAAUGUGGUGUAGGAGUUCAGAUUGGUCAUUGAAGGGUGUGGUGCCCUGUGACUUGGAGGCUGUGACUGACUUAUAUUGGCCCAAUGAGUAUAAUGUUUAAGCAGUUGUUGUUUAA